CUUAUCUGAAUUUGUUUAUAGUAUUGCAGAGCUUCGGAUCAUAACAGUCUUUUCAAUAGAACUCGGGGGACCGUAUUUCAUCCCGGAGAGGCUGGAGCAAGCUUGAGCACGAAAAGAGACUCGUUGGGAGCUAUGGUGCUGUGGGAGAUCGCAUUGGGCACUGCCUACUUCCUAGGGCUGAAACGUACUUAUAGGUUGGCUCUGAGGAUGCAGAGGAAGCUCAUUAGCCGCAAGCACCCCAAGACCCGUCUAUUUCUUCAGAGGCGAACACGCGCAGUGUCUGAUGCAACCCUUAAAGCUCACAGAUACAUUCAAGAAAAGGACAUAGGAGUGCGUCGUAAUCUUGGCAAGUGGAUCCGGCCAUGGCUCCACCGGAUAAAACUGUCAGCUCGGGUCUAUGGAUCUUCCGCCCCGGGAUCUGGCAGCAAUUCAAGUCUGAGCACGAGCAUAACUGAGCAGAUCAGAAAGAGCACCGCUAGCCAAAAAUCUCUAGGAAGGACGUUCAAAUAUGGUGAAGCUUACAGGCGUAUGCUCAGUUCAAGCUGGACCAUGAGGUCUAAGCCAUUUCAACCGAUCGCGAUGAUGAUGGGGCAAGCGUGCCCAGCAUUGGGUAACCCGACCCAACAGAGGCAUUUGACCUCGAGCCGGCUUGAACUCCCUGGACAAACACACAUUGGAGGGAAGUGGGAUGGAGUAAUUCGCAAAGAUAUUAUGCAGUGGGUGCUGCAGAAGUGAAAUGCUCCCAUCUGCAAGUGCAUGAAGAUGAAGCCAUGAAAGCGAGAGCAGGGCUAUGUUCCGUCUUUGUUAGUCUUCCCAAUCCCCUGAUUGGAAUUUUUCUUCCUUUUUUCCCCUUCGUAUCUCUGUUGCAUAUUUUCUAGAAACUUUUUGGAAAGACUAAUUAACUGGUGUUUGAAAUAAGGACUGAUUGUCAUUGUCUUGUCCACCAUGGAAAUGAGUGUUGCAAUGA